GGGGUACUUCCAACACACCCUCAACGACAUUCAGAAGGAAGAACUAUGCAACAAAGCGAGCGAAUACCAAGCAGCACCUCGAGAGACUUCUACGAGCGCAUCCAUAGUUGUGGAGUUGCGUGCCUCAUAGCUACAAACGGCUUCGUCCGCCACGUCACGAAAGACAGGCGUCCGAAACGACAUCUGGUAUUCAAGGCUAGGGUACUCUUUGUUCCUGCCCACCUGAUCGACCAGGUGAGGUGGCCCGGUGAGGAGAGGGUUCCUGGCCCUAGUCUAGUGCCGAGGAACUCGUCUCGAGCCGCAGGUUCGCCACGUGCGGGACCGCGGCGGUUCGCGCGCGGUUUAUAGCGGCUCCUACGCAUCUGCUGGUCGACAGCAGAUCGUG